AUGUCACUGCCGGAUGACGCUUGUCUUAGCGUGAUAUCCUCAAACGCUAAGGACGAGGCGUGGCCCCACCACAAAUAUCUGCACGAGUGUGACAAGUUGAAGAAUUCUGAGCUCCCACGGAAGAUGAGUUCUGUAGAAACGCUCGUGGAGUGCGAAGGGGGUGUAGAUCGGGUGACGCAGAUGAUGGUGCUUGUGCGAGACGACGAGCACGAUAACAUCUGUAUGCGAGAUAGCAUACAGGUAUGUAAGACCACGAUGGGGAUUGCCAUUAGGGCGGAUGAUGGACCAACUACAACCUCGUCGACGGCCCUCGGCCGUCGUACGCGCAGCUUGAUGGUACAAAACCUGAGUUUGGGAUACGGAUGGCGAAGAAGGCGGAAUAUUGCCGAGGUGAGGUUGGUUGUCGAUGGUUGUUGUGCGAAUGGUACUGUACAACGAAAAGGUUCGGACCAAUCUCCCAAGCUUUCUGCAUCGUCUCCAAAGUUGGGCAGGUCGAGGAGACGACUGUCCCAUGGACGGAAGGAAGAAUAUCUGUCGCGUAGGCUUUUCCUGGGAGAACUGGACCAGCUUCUCAUCGCUCGUGAUACUAGGAAGAUGACGCAAGGCAGUUGCAGUCUGCAGCAAGCAAGACUCUGGGUAUAA